AUGGCGCAUCAGGACUCGAAGCUCUUCCAGCCUCUGGCUAUUGCCAAUGGCAAAAUCACACUUAAGCACCGGGUCAUCCAUGCCCCAAUGACCCGCAAUCGCGGUGUGCCUGAAAGCCCCGUCAGCACCCCCGACAAGCCCAACCGCGUCUGGUAUCCCGGCGACCUGAUUGUCGACUACUACAGCCAGCGGGCUACCGAUGGGGGACUGAUCAUCUCAGAGGGCAUUCCCCCGUCGCUGGAGAGCAAUGGAAUGCCCGGUGUCCCCGGCCUCUUCAACGCCCAGCAAACCGCCGGCUGGAAACGAGUCGUCGACGCCGUCCACAGCAAGGGAGGCUACAUCUACGCCCAGCUCUGGCACGCAGGCCGUGCCACCAUCCCCCAGAUGAGCGGCUCGCCCGCUGUAUCCGCCUCUGCUACCGUCUGGGACUCCCCGACUGAAUGCUACUCGCACCCUCCCGUCGGCGCAUCCGAGCAAGUCCCUUACUCUGCGCAUCCCCCUAUCGAGCUCACGGUCGAGCACAUCAAGCGAACAAUCGAAGACUACUGCCAGGCGGCCAAGGCAGCCCUGGAAGCCGGGUUCGACGGGAUCGAACUGCACGGCGGAAACGGAUAUCUCCCAGAGCAGUUCCUCAGCUCGAACAUCAACAAGCGGACGGACGAGUACGGCGGCUCGCCUGAGAAACGGUGCCGCUUCGUCCUCGAGCUCAUGGACGAGCUGGCCAAGACAGUCGGCGAAGAGAACCUAGCCAUCCGCCUCUCGCCGUUCGGCCUCUUCAACCAGGCCCGCAGUGAGCAGCGUCUUGAAACCUGGUCGCACCUCUCCAAGGAGCUCAAGCGCACGCACCCGAAUCUCUCCUACGUGAGCUUUAUCGAGCCGCGCUACGAGCAAAUCUUCAGCUACGAAGAGAAGGACACCUUCCUCAGCAGCUGGGGCCUCACAAACGUCGACCUGAGCAGCUUCCGCGAGAUCUUCGGGUCCACGCCCUUCUUCUCCGGCGGCGGCUGGAACCAGGACAACUCAUGGGGCGUUCUCGAGUCCGGCCAGUACGACGCAUUGCUGUACGGUCGGUACUACACCAGCAACCCGGACCUGGUCGAGCGCCUGAGAGCCGAUAUCCCGUUUGCACCGUACGAGCGCAGCCGCUUCUACGGGCCCUUCGAGGAUAACAAGAUCUGCUACGUGGAUUAUCCUCCUGCGACGGGGCACACCAGUAUUAACAUUGCGGUGGAGUAG